UGCUGCUGCCUGGAGCGGCGGCUCUGUGUUGUGCUGGGCUGGGGCAGCAACGCUGACAUGGUGAGCGGACCGGUGCGGGAAACACGCCACCAAACUUCUCGCCGGUCUGCUUUCGACUCUUAAAGUACCAAUAUUUUUGAUCAACAGGCUCCUUUUUUUUUAGCAGCUGCAAGCAGCAAGUGGCCCAGCAAAAUGGUCUGGAUGCUUCAACACACCUUCUCACUUUUACUAACUGUGCAUGUCAUAUAUUCAGCUCUGAUUCAUGUGAGGGCUGAGGAGGAGACCAGAGAAUGCAGAGAACAGGAGUACAAGGACCGGUUUGGGAACUGUAAACCCUGCAAGCAGUGUGAUGCAGGACAGGAACUUUCAAAGGAAUGUGGCUUUGGUUAUGGAGAGGAUGCCCGGUGCGUGCCCUGCCGGAGCAGUCGCUUCAAAGAGGACCGGAGCCUCCAGAAGUGCAAGCCCUGCUUGGACUGUGGACUCAUCAACCGCUUCCAGAAGGGCAACUGCUCCACCACCAGCAACGCUGUGUGUGGCGACUGUCUGCCGGGAUAUUACAGGAAGACAAAAUUAAGUGGUUUCCAAGACAUGGAGUGUAUACCCUGUGGGGACCCUCCGCCUCCUUAUGAGCCUCAUUGCAGUGGGCGUGUGAACCUGGUCCCGCUGCCCUCGGUGGUGACCAGCCCGCGGGACAUGGCCCUGGCUGCCGUCAUCUGCAGCGCUCUGGCCACCGUGCUGCUGGCCCUGCUGGUCCUGUGUGUCAUCUACUGCAAGAGACAGCUGCUCGAGAAGAAGCCCAGUGCAGCCUCACUGAGAUCCCAGGACUGUCCGUACAGCGGGGCAGAGCUGUCCUGCCUGGACCCCCGCUGGCUACAUGACUUUCCCCAGAGACCCUGCUGCCAGUGUCACCUGGGUCCCGGACACACCUGUGGUCCUGUCCACUUGAUCCCAUCUCUGUGCUGUGAUGAGAGCCACAGCAGGGACAACAGUCCCUUCCAGUCCCAGGCAAGCCUCAGUGACAGAAAUACAGACCUCGAUGACGAGGGCAACCCGAUGCAGCUGGGAGGACAUCCAGAGCUUGUCUCCGCAGGGGCUGGUGGGACGACGGGCAGCUCGGAGCCCGCAGAGUGUUUCGGACUGCCUCAGCCCGACCCAGAACCUGCAGAAGGCCUGGAGGUGGAAGAGGAAGAGGAUGGUGAGGGUGACGAGGAAGAAGAAGGUCGCAGGUCAAGGGAGAAUUCGUCUGAGAGGACCAGACAGAGCUACAGUGAAGCUGUGACGGAUGAACUUCUUCCCAACCAGCACCCAUUAACUCAGGAAGGAUGACAUGGACUUCUUUAGCUCGUGUUCCACCCUUGAACCAUCCUGGACUCAACAACAGCCGCAACCAGAUCCCGUUUCAGAUUACCCCCCCCCCCCAAAACGCAUACACACACACAUUUUGAAAUGCCUGCUGCUGACCUCAGAACCCCUCGUCGAAGCAUCCAAAUGGAAUUUGUACAUACAUGCAAACAUUAAAAAGCACUGCUGAAGAAACGCAAAGAGCAAGAGCAAAGGCAUAGAAAGAUACACAGAUACAAAACAUACAUCACACACAGACACACACACAGAAUGUGAACUCGCUGGCCUAGAAGGUUUAAUCGAAUGAAGUUCAAACGUCGAGGAGUAUUGACUUAUUAUCGCGGAGCAAAGUGAAUCAAAGUGCUCUGCCUUGAGAAUGUCUCACAUCUUCACAUGUAGGAGGACAUAAACUGCAGCAGGUGUCAUGAAGCUUUUGUGUGUAAAGGUAACAGUUGUAAAAUUUGAGGUGUGAAGAAAAGUGUCAAAAGUGAAUAUGUUGCACAUUGAAGACAAUCUUGAUAAUACGGAACAAGUUAAGAUGAGGAAUGUUUAAGUGAUAAAUAUGUUGUAGAUACUGUAAAAUAGGAAAUAGGUCAAUAUUUUUGUAACAUAGACAUUACUGACAAUAUGUUUGCUUUUUCUUCCCCCAGUUAUAGUGUUGAUGGAUGUGAACAGUUGCUUCCACAUUUCAUUUUUGUAAAUAAACCACUUGAACAAGUUUACAUACUGAGGAAAGCGUACACUCUCAAUUCUUUAUUUUACUCAUUAAAAAAAGCGACAGAUCAAAAAUAAGUUUCACAAUUGAUGAUUUAGUGGCUGAUAUAUCCCGACUUUUUAUCUCUAGUGUGGAUUUACCUCUAAAAACACUGAAUCCUACACUUCCCAUAAUGCAAGUGGAAACGAUUAGUCGAUCAACAGAAAAUAAAUUGUCAACUAGUUUGACCAGUCUGAGUUUUGGAUUGUAGGUCAGAAAAAACAAACAUUUUGUACAUGUCAAACUGUAAUGUAAAUGUUCCCUGUUUUAUUUUACAUUUUAUAGGCAAAAAAAAAUCGAUUAUUCUGAAGAAACAAUGAAAAGAUUAAUUAUAAUGAAAAUAAUAACUUUCUAGUUUGUAAGGCAGGCUUUGCUUUAAAAACCUGUUGUAUUUAAGCCCCAGCUGAGACAAACAAACUUUACAAAUCUCCUCCAGAGCCACAGAAGACGUUAUACAACUGUCUUCAAAGGCUGAGUGAUACUUCUCAUGACAAGUAAACUGACUUUGAUGUGUAAAAUUAUUGGAGCGUAAUGAAUCCAUUUAUUAACAUUGGGAUUGUUUCUAAAUUCAACUUAAGUGCAGCCACACAGUCUCUGCUUAUAUAUUUCGCCUAAGAUUCAACUGGAAAAAAAAAAAAAAACAAAGAAAAAAAACCCCGCCAAUGUUCAUAUCCAGACAAUCAAAAACACUGCGGUCUUGCAGCGUCUCUGUGGGUAAAGCCUCCCGGUUCGCUCAGUGAUGGCGUGCUCACACCAUCAAGAACCAUGUGAAGCGGCUCCUCAUCACCUGCCUUGGGACUCAGAUCUGAGCUAAGGCAAGCAAGGACAUUGUUAGAGGGAGCAGCUUCAGUCCCAGCUCAGCUGGUAAUUACUGUCUGAAUGUGUUGAAACAGAUGAAAACAGCCAGACUAUUCACCGGAGUGUCUGCGGAAAUGUGAAGAGCUCCUUUAGAAACCAAGCCCUGCUUUAAUG